GGAAAGGGAGAAGACAAAGAAAAGAAAGAGAAAAAGGUUGCUGGAGUGCACAAACCUCCUGCAGGCAAACACCAAGAAGACAGACAAGGAGUUCCUGAAGUGCAUGAAGUACAUGCAGUACACGGAUUUAAGGAAAUACCCGGAGCUAAAUGCUCUUCUGACAGAAAAGAUGAACAUGAAAGAAAUUUUAUCAAAACACAAGCAGAAUUAAUUCACACAGAUAAACAUUCAGAAAUAUCACCAAUUCCUCCUCCUGUACAAAGACGACAGAAAGAAAAGUCAGCUGCUGUUCAGGAAAAAACCGCGAAAUUCAGCAUGGCAGAAAAGUUGAAAAUCUCCGAAAAGUUUAGUUUUCGUCCCAAACCCAAACUUGAGAACUUAACCUCAGGGAGUCCAUCAAUGCAUCCCCAUCCAACCCAUCUUCGCCCCAAUAUAAAGCUGAAAAGUGUUGGGCAUAAAUCUGAUUCAGAUUCUGGAUACGGAGAUAUUAACGCGGUUGCGGAGAACAAGAUAAAACAGAUUGAUAUAGAAAGCGAAUAUGAUCUAAUCCAACUUCUCUCCGAAGGAUGGAUUUCUAAGCUAUAUCUUGCUGAAAAUCGAUUGAGCAGAGAAGAGGUCGUCUUGAAAGCAAUAAACUCGAAUAUGAUAACUCCUGAAGAAUUCUACAGGGAAUAUCAGUUCUCCUCCUUCUUCUCCUCUCACUCUAAUAUUGUGAAAGUAUUUGAAAAUGUUUUCCAAUCAGAUGGAUUUUAUGUUUUCUCGACUGAGUAUGCUCCACUGGGGGAUUUAAGCAGCAACAUAGGAGAAGCUGGACUUGGGGAGCUCUACUCUAAACGAGUAGCAGCUCAAGUAGCAGCAGCACUGGGAUACAUUCAUUCUAAGAAUUUGUGUCAUCUGAACGUGAAGCUAGAAAACAUUCUCGUUUUCCAAUCUGACUUUUCUCUGGUUAAAAUGGCAGAUUUUGGAGCAGUUAAAACUGUUGGAGAUAUAACACUAAAGAAGAAUAAUCAACUGGCCUAUUGUCCACCUGAAUUAGUUGGAAAGCAUGCCAAAGAAUAUUAUCAGGUUGACCGGGUCCAGGAUGUAUUCCAGUUUGGUAUUGUACUGCUGUAUUGUCUGCUGGGUGUACUACCCUGGCAGAAACCAGAUAAUACAGAUUCAAACUUUAACCAGUUCAGUUUAUGGCGAAGAAAAAAAUCAAGCAAGAUCCCGCGGCCCUUCAAGGGUUUAACUGCAAGAUGCCAGAAGCUUUUCCGGAAAAUCCUGGAUCCGGAUCCGGAACGACGCGUUCCUAUUUCCGAGCUACAGAAAUAUCUGGAAGACAGAUGGAUCAGGAAAGGAAGUAAACCAAUCCUGGAGGUGAGAACAGGAUUAGGAGAUCAUCAUUCACAGCUUACCCUAGGCUCAUUCCAGAGUGUACACUCGAAUGCGGUUGAGAAGAAUCGUGUACUGUACACACUACUGCAGUACGGUGUAGAGACUACUGUAGAUAGAAGACAGAAAACUCACAGAAUUAUGACCUGGAUUAAACAGGGGGCUGAAAGGGGGGACAAUCUCUCCCCCUCCUGUCAGAAUUUCCCUGAAGAAUAUAUUCCAGAAGAGGUUUAUGAUACCCAGGAUGAGAAAGAAGACGACAUUGAAGAGCUGGAUGCAGUAGAUCUUGCUGCGGACGAGUAGAAAUGCCGCGAAGAAUAUUAAAAGUGUAAUGCCCAGAAUCUUGCCAAAUUUUAUAAUGCGUUUUUUUUAAAGAAUGUCUUCAAUCUCAGCAUAGUGUUGGGGGGGGGGUCAGGAAGAGCUAUUUCAGUUUAUGCUAAGCAACUUCUUUUCUGAAAGAAAAUCUGCUCGAAUAUAAGAACACAAUAAUGUAAUUUUAUUACUUUUUUAUCAAAUAAAAGCAGACAAAGAAAUUAAAUCUUUGCCACAAACUCUGAUGUUC